CUCUAUCAUCUGUCAAAAGUUUAGCAAAACUCAAAGUCAACCUCAUAACAUUCAGAUGGAAGGAAAACGUGUCUUAAGUUUUGUAUUGUUAGCCGUAUUCACCGAAUCAGCAAGAGCUACAUGUCCGUCAGCCAGGUCUAGUUUGCCAUCAGGUUGUUGGCGAAGCUGGGGUUCACGAUGUUAUCAAACCUCUGACUGUCUUGAUGAUCAAGAAUGCUGCGUGGUUCGACGCUGUUGGGGGUUGAGAUAUUGUCGGAAAUCUAUCAAUCCAAUUCAAGUACAAGUAAAUAACAACAACAGAGUUAAUACAGAUGGUUUUAGUACUACACCGAUUGUUCAGACACCAGUUCAACAGCAAGCAGUACCAACUGUUACAGAACCAGUUCAACAACAAGCAGUACCAACUGUUAACACACUAGCCCAACAGCAAGAAGAAGAAAGACGUCCAGGACGAUGUGGUCGAAAUAGAGAGUGUAAGGGCAACAGUUGCAAACAGGACGGUGACUGUCCUUCUGCUAAAAAAUGCUGUCUAAACGGAUGUGGAAGACGAACCUGUUCUCCAAUUCUACGAUCUUCGAUUUUCUUUCCCGGUAAAAAAUAAAAAAAUAAAGAUUGUCGAUUGAUAUUUGUGGUUUUGAGUCUAGAAAAUUUGAACGAACCUGACGUUCUUGUCAAUCCAUAUUUGAUUUAACCUUAUUGGUGUUCAUUUACAUAUAUUGUGUUUGAUAAUUCUCUCAGCAAUAUAUAAGUAUGGGUAUUUAGUGGGUCGGUGUAUUCAUUCUAACCAAAAUAAAACCGACUCAAAAGAUUGAGGAAUUGCAUUCUUCAAAAUUAAUAUUUCAUCAGAAAUGCUCCAUCUACUAGUCAGCUUUGCUUUUUGUAACAUACAUUUCUUUUGACUUGAACCCACCCCAACUGAUUUCAGAUUGGAAAUGAUUUAGAUUACGAUAGCUUUUAAUUUCUAAAUGUGGAUUUCAAUUAAGAAAGGUUUACUUUAUGAAAACUGUUUCGUUUCGUAAUUUAUGUAUAUUUUUAUGAUUAUUGUUUUUGUAUAUUAUACAUUUAAUAUUGUAUAUAAAAUUCAUAUCCAUGUAGUAUUUAUUUUGUAAACUAUC